CGAGCUGUGGAGGGUGUUGUGCGGGCUGAGGCGGCAGCAACAUGGCGCUGGUGCGGCAGGCCUACAACCUGCUCUUCAGGAGGACCUCCACCUUCGCGCUCACCAUCGUGCUGGGGGCUGUUGUCUUCGAGCGGGUCUUCGACCAAACUGGCGAUAUGAUCUUUGAGCGCAUCAACCAGGGGAAACUCUGGAAACACAUCAAACACAAUUAUGAAAACAAAGAGGAUGAAUAAGGUUCCAUGGUGUAAGGAACACUGAAAUAUCUUGACUGUUGCUUCUGAUGACUAGCCCUGCAUUGAUAUCGCAUCCACUAGGACUGUUGAUUUCGUCAGAUGACUUCUGCACAAUCCCUACAAGAAUGGAAUAUUACUUUAAUUUGAUUAAUACUGGAUUUCUUUUGCUGAAGAUGAUAGAGAUAACAAAUAAAUUCUAUAAUUAUUUUUUUGCCUUUUAAUCAUUUCUGCCUCUGCUGACCACUAAAGACAUAUUUUCUCUGAAGUAUGCCAGGACAGAUGGUAUAUUCGAUCUUUUUUUCAAUUGAGAGAUACUGUGACCUCUUAAUUCAAAGUUGCUUAAAUUAAGUUGUACAUUUCUGGUUUUUGGCAUUUUGUUAUUCACAUUGACUUGAAUUACUUUAUUUUAGGGUGACAUUAAAAAGUCAGUUUGAUUUUUAAAAGUUAUAUUAAUGAAACAAUGCCUUCAAUAUUCAUGUUACUUCUGAAAAUGUACCCUUGAGGCUAUUGAAAACUUUUGACCUAUAUGGGGGAAUAAAAACUAAGAAAACUUGAA